CCAACUGAAAACAACUACGGUGUACCAGCUGGUCAAGUUGAUAUUAGAAGGGUAGGACCCUAAAGGCAUAAAGGCCUCUUUAAAGGCCAUUAAAGUUAAAGGACUUGCUGGACUCUCUUUACGUCUACAUAGCAGUCAAAUAGGAAUGGAGAAUAAGGAACUGGAUGAAUAGAAACAGGAACUGAAUGAAAGUGAAAGUGUGGAGUGAGUUAGAGGAGAAGUGGAUGAGGAGGAAGUGACCGUGGCACCCGCAGGAUAACAAGUAAAUGAUGGACAAUAGUCGGGAGGUUUUGUCUAACAACGGCUCUUCAGAAAUACACAAGGUUAUAAACACUGAUGUGUCAGAAUGCUUCAUCUGCAGAGAUAGCAAGCUUGGAGAACCUCUCGGGAACUUCUGUGACUGUAAGAACAUGGUGGCCCAUCACCUGUGUCUCUUGACAUGGAUUCAGAAGGGCAUCGACAGUAAGGACAGGUUGAAAUGCAGUGUGUGCAAUGCAGAGUACCAGCUCCAGAGACAGUCCCCGUGGAGGUGGCUGUGCUGCCAGUGGCAGUCCUGGGUGCUGCUGGUCUCUGCUACGGCUCUGCUGGGCCUGCUGGUUCCCUACCUGGUGUACUUUAUGAUGACCCUCCAAAACCCUCCUGCUCCCGCAGUGUUUAAAGCUGCUGCAGUCUGCUUCGGUCUCAUCGCAGACGCCCUUCUGUUAAAGUGUCUGUGCAGCUACUUCGGCAGUCGUUACCGUCAGGCUGAGCAGUGGUCGUUCACAGUGCAGGCCAGGGGCGGAGGAGAGCGAGGUGGGUCUGGGUCUGAGCACUUGGUGGUGGCUGAAGCAGCAGCAGUCACGGGAAGACAGAGGUCAUCAGGAGCGAUGGAGGAGAAGAACAGAGUGGAGGAGGAAACAGCAAAUGAAGAGUGGCCACGACACAGCCUGCUGCUCAAACUCUGAGAGGAACGGGGGGUGGAGUCACUAAUGUGUGUCCUCUGGUGUGAAAGGGAAUUGUCCAGCAGCAGAGACAGGAAACAAUUGUGACUGUAUCGCAGUGACUCGUAGAUGGUGUCUUGAUGCGAUCAUGGCUACAUGAUGCGCGACACACUUUCAGCACUGUAACAUACUGUACAUAGCUCCUGCUGUUUGAAGUGAUAGAGGAAUUUGACAAUAGCACAACUUGUACAAUGCCAAAAUACCACUGCAAGUAUCUGUUUCAAGUCAAAUGUAUAAUGACUCAAUUGUCUAACUGUGGUUCUAUUAGUCCAUUCUAAUUAAAGGCUUUAUUCUACUAA